UAGGUACUGCAGGAGAAAGCUUCCAACUCUCAAACUUGGCCUGCCAUUCAAACUCAAAUUCUCUACUGCUUCUUCAGCACAUCUUGCAAUCGUCGACUACGUUAGAGUUUCUCGAAAACCCAUCUCAGAACCAUGGAAAGAAGAAGAGGACAUAACCGACAACGAAAGCACUCUUCACUACAUUCUCGACCAUCCCAACCCAGAAAUCUCUGCAUUUUUCAGCAAAGGCUUCUCACAAAUCACAAACAACUUAGUCGGCCGUGCUUUGCACGGGCUCUUUGUGAAGGACCUGAGACAGUCAUGGAUGUUGAGCAAUUUAAGUAUUUUCCAUGUAAAUACUUUGAUAGGGAUGUAUUCGAAAUUUGGGAAAAUUCAAGAGGCACGGCACGUGUUUGAUCAAAUGCCGGCGAGAAAUGAUGCUUCGUGGAAUAAUAUGGUUUCCGGUUAUGUUAAGAUGGGUUAUUACAUUGAUGCGACUAGGCUCUUCGUUGAAAUGUUGGCUCGAGGGAUUCAGCUAAGUGGGUUUGUUAUUGCGAGUUUAUUGACUGCUUUUGUUAGGGUAGAAUGCAUGGUUUUUGAAGGGCGUCAAAUUCAUAGCUUGGCGUUGAAAAAUGGGCUGCUGCUACAUGAUGUUUUCGUAGGCACUUCGUUAUUGCAUUUUUACGGUGCAUAUGGGUUUAUGUCGAGUGCUAGAAAGCUCUUUGAGGAGAUGCCUGAAAGAAAUGUGGUUUCUUGGACUUCAUUCAUGGUUGGGUUCUCCAAUAAUGGAGAUGCUGAAGUGGUUGUUGAUUUAUAUCAAAGAAUGAGACUUGAAGGAAUUGGUUAUAAUCAGAACACGUUUACUACUGUUAUUAGUUCUUCUGGCGCUCUUGAUGACGAAUUUUUGGGUCAUCAGGUGCUUGGUCAUGUCAUAAAGUCAGGAUUUGAGGAAAACAUUUCUGUUGCUAAUUCGCUUGUGUCCAUGUUUGGUAGCUUCGGUGGUGUAAAACAAGCAUGCUAUGUUUUCAAUAAUAUGGUUGAACGCGACACCAUAUCAUGGAAUUCAAUGAUAGCUGCUUAUGCAAAUAAUUUACUUUGUGAGGAAUGUUUUACAUGUUUUGAUGUGAUGCGCUGUGAUCAUGGUGAUAUAAAUGCAACCACACUUUCCACGUUGGUCUCAGUCAGCAGUACACCCGAGAAUUUGAAGUGGGGAAAGGGGAUUCAUGGUUUAGCAGUGAAAGUGGGAUUUGAUUCAAACAUUUGUUUGUCUAAUACUCUUUUUACUAUGUACUCAGAGACUGGUAGAUCCAAAGAAGCAGAAAGUUUGUUCCAGGGAAUGAAAGAUAAGGAUUUAAUUUCAUGGAACUCAUUGAUGGCUGGUUAUGUUUCUGAAGGGAGGAGCUCAGAUGCCUUAAGAGUGUUGGGUGGCCUUUUGGGCAUAAGAAAAUUUAUCAGCUAUGUGACUUUUGCAAGUGCAUUGGCUGCUUGUUCUGAUCCUGAAUUCCUCGUUGAAGGCAAGAUAGUCCAUGGACUUGCCCUCAUAUUUGGAUUCCAUGAAAAUUUGAUAGUUGGGAAUGCAUUGGUCACCAUGUAUGGAAAGUGUCAGAUGAUGUCAGAAGCUAAGCAGGUAUUCCAGAAAAUGCCUGAGCUCGAGUUGGUUACAUGGAAUGCACUCAUUGGAGGGUAUGCUGAGAAUGAAGAACCAGAUGAGGCUGUGAAGGCCUUUAAGUUGAUGAGAGAAAAAGGCGAACCUGCAAACUACAUUACCAUGAUAAGCGUUCUGGGUGCUUGCUCAGCUCCAUCCUACCUACUGAGAUUUGGAAUGCCGUUGCAUGCACAUAUGAUUCUGACGGGUUUUGAAACAAAUGAAUAUGUUAAGAACUCCCUCAUUACAAUGUAUGCUAACUGUGGUGAACUCUCUUUGAGUAAUAUAAUCUUUGAUGAAUUGGUUAACAAGACCUCUGUAACUUGGAAUGCCAUGCUUGCUGCAAAUGCUCAUCAUGGGCGUGGAGAAGAGGCUCUGAAACUUAUCCUGGAGAUGCAAAGAGCUAAAGUGGAUUUUGACCAAUUUAGCCUUUCUGCUUCACUGGCGGUAGCAGCAGACUUGGCUUCCUUGGAGGAAGGCAAACAACUUCAAGGGUUGGCCAUUAAACUGGGGUUUGACUCGUAUCACUAUGUUAAAAAUUCUACAAUGGAUAUGUAUGGUAAAUGUGGUGAGAUUGAUGAUAUCCUAAAAAUGCUUCCACAACCGAAUUUGCGGUCACGAUUGUCUUGGAAUAUAUUAAUAUCGUCUUAUGCUAGGCAUGGGUAUUUUCAAAAGGCUAGGGAAACUUUUCAUGAAAUGCUGCAGUAUGGUUCAGAACCUGAUCAUGUCACUUUUGUCUCUCUCCUAUCUGCAUGUAGUCAUGGGGGUCUCGUUGAUGAGGGUCUUGCGUAUUUUGCUUCGAUGACUUCAUUUUUUGGUGUCCCAUCUGCAAUAGAGCACUGUGUGUGCAUAGUUGAUCUUCUUGGACGAUCAGGAAGACUAGCUGAAGCUGAAGCAUUUGUGACAAAUAUGCCAGUCCCACCAAAUGACUUUAUAUGGAGAAGCUUGUUGGCAGCAUGUAGAAUACAUGGAAACAUGGAUUUGGGAGAGAAAGCUGCUAAACGUCUUCUUGAAACCAAGCCAUCGGAUGAUUCAGCUUAUGUCUUAUAUUCAAAUGUCUGCGCAGCAUCUGGGAAAUGGCAAGAUGUACAGAAUGUAAGGGUUGAAAUGGAAUCAAAUAGUGUAAAGAAGCAGCCUGCGUGCAGUUGGGUUAAGUUGAAAACUGAAGUUAGUACAUUUGGAAUAGGAGAUCGUUCUCACCCAAAGUCCGAGCAGAUAUACGUUAAACUUGCGGAGCUGAGGAAAAAGAUAAAUGAAGCAGGCUAUGUUGCUGAUAUUAGCUUUGCUUUGCAUGACACUGAUGAAGAACAGAAGGAGCACAAUUUGUGGAAUCACAGUGAGAGACUUGCACUUGCAUAUGGUUUGAUAAGUACUCCUGAAGGUUCGACCUUGAGGGUUUUCAAAAAUCUUCGCGUUUGUGGAGAUUGCCAUACGGUUUUCAAGUUUGUGAGUAGUAUAGUCCAAAGGAAAAUCAUACUGAGGGAUCCUUACCGGUUUCACCAUUUUAGAGAUGGCAAGUGUUCUUGUGGAGACUACUGGUAGAAGAGGGGACGGUUUUGAACUGAACUUUUGUUGAGUUUAGGCAGCGAGAUCCUUAACCACCGUCAAUACUUAGGCUGUAGCUGACAUAGCGAACCAAUUGGCUUUAUAAUUUGUACAGAGAAUUUCUUUCCCUUAUUCCAUCAUCGGGCGUUGCC